GUCGUUCUAAACGCUAGGGGAAAAAAUGGCUGCGUUUAGGGUUUAGGGUUUAGAACGAGCGCAAGGUUUUGCUCUGUUGGGAAGGUCGGUAAGUUGCAAGCAGCAUUUCAAUAUUCCUAACGUAUAUUAAAACUAAAGGAUCAAGGUUUUUAGUCCUUGUAGCCUUGUACGCUCUAUCUGCUUGAAGAAUCUGCUAGCAGGUGCUUCUUCAAUGGAGGCACUGUUAGGAUUCGAGGAGCAGACUCUAGUGGUUGAUGCUGAUGACCAAGUGAAAUCGUCAUCAUCGCGUAGUUACAAGUUGGUGCCAUGGUUGAACUGGGAUGAGUGGGAAUGGGUUAGAGAUUCUCUUUUUUCUGAUUCUCCAGACAAGAUAGUAUCUGCCAUUAAAAGAAUAUCGACAUGGCGAAGCAGAGGAUGUCUACCCGUUGUGAUUGAUGUCACAGCUUCAAUCAUCGAAAUUCAGCAAAAGGAUCCUUUCUUUAGAAAUGACCUACCAAGCGAUGCUAUACAUUCAGAGCAAAUGCUAGCCAUGCUAUAUUGCAUGGCAAUCUUGAGGCUUGUGAACUGUGUUGUUGAGAAGACACGAAAAAAAACUGAAAUUUCAAUUGCUGAGGCAGCUGGUGCAAUUGGUAUUCCGCGUACACUGAUUGACAUUCGUCAUGAGGGUUCUCACCGUGAUCUGCCUGCACUGACCCUAGUUAGGGAUUCAGCAGCUAAGGCAAUUCAUUGGUUGAAAUCUUAUUAUUGGGAGCCUCAGACAGAACAGAUUCCAUUGAAGAGACAUGGAACUGCUGAAAUCAGGAAAGAAAUCAAAUCAAAACUCCGAGAAUUGGCAUCAUGCUUGAAAGUUAGGCAGAGUUCCCUGCCUGGUUCUUCACUAAUCAGAGGAAAACGUGGCAAACAUCGGGAACAGCUUUGUGGCCGUAAUAAGUUUUUUUCACUUAUGGCCAGCAAGCUGAAUUUGUCCAAAUCUGGGGGUUCUAAGAAGCACACUACGAAGACCUUGAAAAAUCUUGUUCAUUUAUAUUCCUCCUCCUCCUUGGAAGUACUGUCUGUAUUGUUGGAGUUCUUGCUCAAGGCUUUGGAUUCAUCAAAUUUGGUGCAGUUUCCUAAAGAUUACCAAAUUGGCCAAGACAUGCACAAACUGUUGGACGAUUGGAAGCUUUUAAUAACUAAAUUAUCAAACAAGGUACCAGAAUUACUUCUAAUGCUUCUGAAGGCCAUUUUAAAUAUGAUUGAGGCUCAAGAAGCGAUAAAAUAUGAAACAGGAACAUAUUUGGCAUCAAUGGAGUAUAGGACAGGAACUGACAAAAUUGAACAACUUUCUUUUUUAUUCGCAUGGCUUGUUGGACAACUUAAGUUACUGAAGCCCUUUUGCCACAAAAGUGCCAAAAACAAAACUGAAGUCUUUGCAACAGAAACAGAUAUGUCAAAUCCAAUUCUGAUGGAGGUGUUGCGUAAAUGUCUUAUGAUAUCGUCAUGUGGCAAUAAGCAACUUAUGGAUUCAGCAUUGCAUCUUGCUGAGCUUAUGGGCAACAGCCAUUUGAUGGAGAAACUCACCAAACUAAGUUGUGUGUGUUUUUCAGAUUUAGUUGUCACUGAAGAAAUUUUUUCUCCUAAGAGUUCUAAUAACCUACUUGUCCAGCAAGAUGAGUCUAUCCAUCAAGCGGCCAAUAAGCUGGAGUCGGUAAAACUUCACCUAGCUAAGCACAAAAUUGAGAAGACAACAGAUGGUGAUUUGGGAAGAGCAGGCAGAUGGUCUGUGGUGAAAUCAUGGAACCCAUGUCCGAUUGGUAUGUUGCCUCGUGAUCUUGGGUCUUCUGGCUGUCUUCCUGUCCUUGACCAUAAUGAUGUCAGUAAGAAGUCUGUGGAUUCAUCAGAAAGGACACAGAUCUCGGUAGCGAAACAUAGUGGUGCAGAAGAACCUAGUUCUAGUAUUCAAUGUGAUAACCCAAGUGCUGAGAGAAGGAGCAAGAGGGAAGCUAGUUAUGAUAUUUGUUUAUUAGAUAGGUCAAGUUUUAAGAAGAUGAGAGAGACUGUAUAUACUUGUGAUUCAGAUGAAGAUACUUUAUUACCAGAUGAUAUCACAAGCUGUCUGGUGAUAAAUGGGGUCUGGAAGAAAGUCGGGGAGGAGCUUCGUGCUAUAAUGUCUGGUGUAGGGACUUUGGUUUAGUCACUGCUUUAUUUAUCAUUUAAUUAUGCAAUUUAUUUAUGAAGAUCAA